AUGCCGGAGACCGGGCAGGAGCCACCCAGCGCCCCUCCGCCGCCCCCCAAGGAGUCCUUCUACAUCAAGAACCUGCUCAACGGCGGCCCCCCCAAGGCGCCCCCCAAGCAGCCGCGGGCUCUGUUCGCCCCCUCGGGCAAGGCGGCGGUGGACGGCGCCGGCUUCGCCCUCUCGCAGGUGGGCGACCUCGCCUUCCCCCGCUUCGAGAUCCCAGCGCCGCGCUUCGCCCUGAGCGCCCACUGCCUGGAGCGCGCCCAGACCUGGUGGUACCCCUACGCCCUGACGCCGGCCGGAGCCCACCUGCCCCGCACGGAAGCCGCAGAGAAAUCCCUGCUGAGGGACUCGUCCCCCGCCUCGGGCACCGACCGGGACUCCCCGGAGCCGCUGCUGAAGGCGGAGGGGGAGCAGAAGGAGCUGGACUCCAAGAGCCCCGACGAGAUCGUCCUGGAGGAGAGCGACUCGGAGGAGGCGAAGAAGGAGGGAGGCGCCGAGGACUGGAAGAAGCGGGAGGAGAGUCCGGAGAAGAAGCCGUGCCGCAAGAAGAAGACGCGCACGGUGUUCAGCCGCUCGCAGGUCUUCCAGCUGGAAUCCACCUUCGACAUGAAGCGCUACCUGAGCAGCUCGGAGCGGGCCGGCCUGGCCGCCUCGCUGCACCUGACAGAGACCCAGGUGAAGAUUUGGUUCCAGAACCGCCGCAACAAGUGGAAGCGGCAGCUGGCAGCCGAGCUGGAGGCGGCCAACCUGAGCCACGCCGCGGCGCAGCGCAUCGUCCGCGUCCCCAUCCUCUACCACGAGAACUCGGGCGCGGAGGGGGGCGCGGGGGGCGGCGGAGCCCCCGGCACGCAGCCCCUGCUCACCUUCCCUCACCCGGUCUAUUAUUCGCACCCCGUGGUGACCUCCGUGCCGCUGCUGAGGCCCGUGUGAGCCCGGCCGGAGCUGCGCGGAGAGGCGCGCAAGUCACCCGGCCGCUUGUAAGUACUGCAGCCCCCCGUGCGACACACCCGGCCGGGACUGCGGGGACACCAGUGCGGGGCUGGGGGGACCCCUCGGAGGGUGGCGGUAGGAGGAAAGUCGCGGAAAUUUAAGGGGGAGGAAAAAAAUAAAAAAACAAACAAAAAAAAACAUAAAGAAAGAAAUAAAAAGAAAAAUGUGGGGGGAGGGAAACGAAAAUGAGGAAAACGAAAGCGGGGGAUUGUAGAGAACCCUGGAGCUGUCACACCUUUUGUAAACGUGGAUGAAAACCGCGAUGGUCUCUCUGUGGCUUUAGUUUUAUUUUU